CUCUUCUUCUUCUUCUUCUUCUUCCUCUGUCUGCUCUUCUCAAGAGCUUCUCUUUUUCUCUUUUUCUCUUAUUCUCGUCGGUCUACGGAUCCUUACAUCACUGUCAUACUGACCUCAUCCGCCCUCGUCGAGAUCAUGGGCAGAGAGGACGAGCCUCUACCGCCAACGCUCUUGCCCUCCCGCUUUGCGCGUCUCGUCUCGGCCGUCUCGCGCUCCUCGACCAUCUCUCUCCGCCUCGGAACUCAUGUCGUCGAGGCCGUCCUCGACUCUGCUCGCAUCGGCACCAUCACCGGUAUCGAAGUCACCCGUCGCGCUGUCGAAUCACUCGUCUUCAAGGCCGAGGAAGAUGUCCCGGAGAGCGGUUCCGCCACCGGCGUGGGUGUACGUAUUUUUUACUCGGAUUCAAUAAUUGUUUCAACAUGUAUAAUGGCUAACAUACAGAUUUUGUAUUCUGCAGAUGGCGACUAUCGCCAAAACAUCAACCCUCGCUCAGCUCUUCACCUCGGCUUCCUUCCACUUCAUGUCCUCGGCCGUCUCGACCGUCUCAAACCUCACGCAAGACUCGGUCCAUAUGCUAGAUUCCAUCUUUGGCUCAACCGAGUCCUCCCGCGCCAUAGCCUCCAUCAUCUCUCUCAUCCGACGCGAGCUUGGCGACGGCGCCGGCCUCUACGGACUCGUCUCCGGCCUGACCUGUUUCUCUAUCCUGCAAGCUCGAGGCUGGCGCAGAUCGAUCCAGCAGAUUGAAAUGCGCGUCUUAUGGGACGUUGUCGUGCUCGACACCGGCGAGACGAGAACUUUGGAAGUUAAGAAUCCACAGGUCGAUCUUUACGACGAGCUGUCUGUCAUCCAGCAUAUCUCGCCCGAAGCCGAGGUCAUCGUGAGCACCGAAGAAGUCACUACAAAGACCACGACCAUCGAAGUUAUCGGUGGCUCGCCGAACGAGUCGAAAUUGACGAUUCCCGACAACGCAAUCGUCAUGGAGGAAGAAACGACACAAGAUCCCCGUGACGGUGAACGUCCUCGAUAUAAAGUCAUGUUCCAGAGCGUUAGCAAACGUAUGAACAAAAAGCGCGGCUCGGGCGAAGAAAUCGAGACACGAAACGACAACAAACGGGCCAUCGAGAGCAGCAGUAACACCAGCAGCAGAACAUAUAGUGCGCUCCCAACUAUCUCCCAAUCCCCAUCUGGCGAGGAAGUCCAGGCUGAUUUCUCAGUCUUGGCCGUAAUCGAGGAUCCGGAGGAACCCCCAGCGCUUGAUCUCGACAGCUACCAGCAAAAGCGACGUCGGUCGUCAGACCUGCUGUCGUCUCCCAUGUCGACUACCACUGCUGCUGCUUGGAGGGAGAAAGAUGCCAUGUCUGGAUAUGAGACCCCGACUCCAUUCGAUGAGGACGCGACCAUUGCCCCGGAUUCGCCAGCUUCGGUCUCGCGAAGAGUCUCGAAAUCAAUCAUGAACUACGAGGAUAGCAAGCGCACCUCCACUGACGGAUCAUCGUACGGAAAAAUCUCGCGACACAACUCAGUGCCUUCUGCGCUCUCUGCAGCGUCGACUCCGCGAAAACAGCAUUCAAGCAAGCUGCAGCUCGAAACUUCGCAGGGAGGCAUUAGCAACAGUCACAGCGGAAGUUCUUCGCCUUCGCUCUACCGCACCAACUCGGAACGACGGAGACCGUCUACGAACUCAGUCUAUACAGUGAAAACAACCCAGUCUCAGACAUCUCUUGUUCUCGACGCGACCGACGAGCCGCAGAUCCAGCCAUUCCCGCCCGCACACAUCUGUCACAAUCUGGCGAAAUAUAUGCGGUUUGCGUCUGCAUCGUACGGCCAGGCGUUCCUACGUCUUCUCGGACUUGGCGUCGCGGAUCGGAUUUUCCCGUCAACGGACUCGCACCAUGCAGAGCAUCACGCGUUUGCCAGCCACACAGGAAUUGGACUUGAGCACAUUCUACUAUCGAGUUAUUCGGACAAGGCAGUUGAUGAGUCUGGCGGUAUUCCGCUCGUUCACUUUGUAGCUGUCGACCACCAAAACAAGACAGUCGUGCUCACGAUCAGAGGAACGCUGGGACUUGAGGACGUGUUGACGGACUUGACGUGCGAGUACGAGGACUUUGAAUGGCGUGGAAAGACUUACAAAGCGCACACGGGAAUGCUGAAGAGUGCGCUGCAGCUGACGCAAAGCUCUAGUCGGGUGUUGAUGACGAUUAAGGUUGCCCUUGAAGAAUUGGGACCAGAGUAUGGUCUCGUGCUUUGCGGUCAUUCAUUGGGAGGAGGUGUUGCGGCUCUAUUGUGUAUUUUGUUAGCAGAGCCAGGCCCAGGCGGGAUAUGGGCGACUGCAGCGUCGUCGAUGUUACCACCAGGUCGUAAGAUCCACAGUUUUGCGUUUGGCCCGACGGCGACUAUCUCAGCCGAUCUUCGACGGUUAACACGCGGUCUGGUUACGUCUGUGAUUUACGGGAACGACGUGGUACCUUGCCUGUCACUUGGUGUUCUGCGAGACUUUCAGAGCGUGGCGCAUGCGUUCAAGGCCGACCACCGAGUUGUGGAGGAGCUGAAGAAGCGAGUGUUUGCUAAGCUUGCGUCACGAUCAGGUGCAUUUUUUGAUGUUCAGGAUGACGAGUAUUUGUGGGAGGAGCUAUGCAAGCUGCGGAAGGAGAUGCAGCACGAGAAGCUUGUGCCGCCGGGAGAGGUCUACCACUUGACGACGAGCACAGUUUUUGAAACACACGACGGACGUACGAGGAAGGCAACGAGGGUCGUCGGCCGGGUUGUACUUGAUGUCGAGAAACGAUUUGGAGAGCCGGUGUUUGGAAGGGGUAUUUUUCAUCAUUCGCCGGUGUAUUACGAACGGUCUCUCCAGGUUUUGGAGAGAGGAAUUUGCGGGGACAUGUAUGAGAACGAGUAGCAUUGUUUUCUGGACUUGAGAGUGGCAGCUCGUUAGGUUUCACUUUUGACAUGGCAUUUUGUAUGAUUCUGGAAUUUUGAUUUCUUCGGAGGGCGUAUGGUGGUUCUUGUUAUUAGUUAUGGAAUGACGCAUCACUCAAAAAAGCUGUUUUUUGGAUAUUGUAAUUAAGUUGGCAGAUUCAUGAAUAGAG